AAAAAGCAAGAAUGCAUGCAAAUCUUAUCAUUUCUUCGCAUACUAGUUGUGUUCAGCUUAUGUCUUCAUGGCACUCAUGGAGACUACGACGUUGGUGGCUGGCAGAGUGCCCAUGCUACAUUCUAUGGAGGCAGUGAUGCUUCAGGCACAAUGGGGGGGGCUUGUGGAUAUGGAAACUUGUACAGCCAGGGGUAUGGAACACACACUGCAGCUCUAAGCACUGCCCUUUUUAACAAUGGCUUCAGCUGUGGUGCCUGCUUUCAGAUACGCUGCGACAAUGAUCCAAAGUGGUGCCUCUGUCGUACGAUCACUGUCACAGUCAUCAACUUCUGCCCACCAAAUUAUGCUCUGUCCAAUGACAAUGGUGGGUGGUGCAAUCCCCCUCUCCAACAUUUUGAUUUGGCUGAGCCUUCUUUCUUGCAGAUUGCUAAAUAUCGAGCUGGAAUUGUUCCUGUACUCUUUAGAAGGGUCCCAUGUGUGAAGAAAGGAGGAUUGAGGUUCACCAUCAAUGGUAAUUCUGACUUCAACCUGGUCCUGAUAACCAAUGUGGGUGGAGCAGGGGAUGUCCGGGCUGUGUCCAUCAAGGGGUCUAGAACAUGGUGGCAAAGUAUGUCAAGAAACUGGGGACAAAAUUGGCAGAGCAACUCAUACCUCAAUGGCCAAAGCCUCUCUUUUAGAGUUACGACCAGCGAUGGCAGAACUGUCACCAGCUACGAUGUUGUGCCUGCCAAUUGGCAAUUUGGACAAACUUUUGAAGGAGGUCAAUUCUAAUAAUAACUUGUACAUCGACGAAAAUUUGCUUUUAAUUGUAACAGAAUACAAGGAUAUUUAGUAAUAUGGCUGUAUGAUGAGGUCGCCAAAAGGCACAUAGGCUUUCAAGUGCCAUGUAGCAUGUACAAGUAAAUUCCCAAGCUGGACAACAGAGUGGGAUGGAAUAAGGCAAUUAUGUUUAUACUACAAAUAUAAAAUGCACUUUGGAACGAUGAUUUCAUAUUUAAUAUGAACAUCCUGCCAUGAUAUUUACCAAGAUCCUGGAAUAGGCACGAAGCACCCACAAAAGACUAUAUCAUUUCAGGUUAUCACAUGUAGAAGAC